GGCAUACGUGUUAACAGGAAAAUCUGUAUUGGUGUGAUCUGCUGAAAGGAAAAAAUUCCUUUUGACUGGAUCAGAGUUUCAUUGGAUAUACCUGUUUGAGUUACAGGUAUAGCCCCACCCCCUGCUCUUGGCAGCCGUGACUGUGAGUAAAUCAGAUGAGUGGCUAAUAGGAAACCUGAAACAGGGAGGAGAAAGGAAGAGUCUGUUUGGUUAACACAGACUGAAAGUAUCGUAACAUUCAGCCCUCCAGUGUUUCAAAGAAGUUGAAGCAGUAAGUGCAGCAGCACCUGUCUGACAGUAAAGACAGAGGCAGAAGCAGAAGCAGAAGCAAAAGAAGCUAGCUCUAUUGGUAUUACUUUAACCCGGCAAGUGGAAGAAGUAAUGUUUACUCUGUAGAUAUGUGUGAGACUUACCUGAAACGCUGCGCUGCCAGCUGGAAUUAUUUGUGGACUGUACCUUGGCUGCCACACUGUGUAGCUCGUAUAUUGUGAAUCCCAGAGCAGUGGAGAAAAGGACAAGAGUUGAUAAUGAAAAUGGACAUGAAGGAUGCUGACAUGACUCUAUGGACAGAGGCUGAAUUUGAAGACAAGUGUACCUACAUUGUAAAUGAUCACCCCACAGAGCCCAGCACAGAAGGCUGCAAUGUAACCCAGGCUGAGUCUUCCUUGCCAAGGAACUUGAUUUUCAAAUAUGCAGGACAUGGCAAAGAGGUUAUUGGAGUUAUUAGCAAAGACAUUAUCCCCAAAGGAACACGCUUUGGCCCCCUGGUUGGUGAAAUCUAUACCAACGGCACAGUUCCUAAAGAUGCAAACAGAAAAUAUUUUUGGCGGAUAUAUUCUGGUGGUGAGCUUCUCCACUUCAUUGAUGGAUUUAAUGAGGAAAAGAGCAAUUGGAUGCGUUAUGUAAACCCAGCACAUUCUGUUCAGGAGCAGAACCUGGCUGCUUGUCAGAAUGGAAUGGAUGUCUACUUUUAUACUAUCAAACCCAUACCACCUGGCCAGGAAUUGCUCGUGUGGUACUGCCGGGACUUUGCAGAAAGGUUGCACUAUCCUUCCACUGGAGACCUGGUGAUGAAUAUUACACAAAGCCAUGUUAAUCCAAAGCAGCCAGCUAAUGACAAAGAUGAACUUUAUCUAAAAACUGUUCCCAGAAGAGAGCACAGUGUGAAGGAAAUCCUGAAAACAGAUUCCAGUAAUCCCAAAGGAAAGGACCUAUUUUAUAGCCACAUUUAUCCACAUACUCAAGAAAAAGACUUGGAUGGCUUGAGAAAAAAUUGUAGCCCUGAAAAGCCUUUCUAUCCUCGUAUUGUCUACCCAAUCCGACCGCCCAUCCCUGAAGAUUACCUGAAGGCUUAUAGGAUUGAGAGGCCAAGUUACAUUGCCCACUCACCUAUCCAGUCUUCUACCACACCGAGCCCCUCAGCAAGAAGUAGUCCAGACCAAAGUUUGAAAAGCUCAAGUCCUCACAGCAGCCCAGUUACAGUCUCACCCCUAGCUUCUAUGACUCAAGAGCACAGAGAACCUUAUCCUUACUUGAAUGGACUCUACAACUCAGAAGGAUUAGGGGCAUAUUCUGGGUAUGCACCUUCAAGCCAUCUCCCACAAGCCUUUCCCUACCACAAAUUUUUGUUACCACCAUAUGGCAUGAGCAUCAACAAUUUCAACCUCUUUCCAAGGAUGUAUCCUUUCUACAGCAGCCUACUCAGUGGAGGAAGCAUCCCCAAUCAUGUGCUGAACUCACCUCCAGGACUUCCAAGUUCCUUGCCAUCUGAUGGAAGCCGACAGCUGCUGCAACCUGACCAUCCAAGGGACUUCCUCAUCCCUGCACAUAACAGUGCCUUCUCUAUCACAGGGGCAGCUGCCAGCAUGAAAGACAAGCCAUGUAGCCCAACUAGUGGAUCACCCACAGCAGGCACAGCAGCUACUUCAGAACACAUAAUGCAACCUAAACCUACCUCAGCAGUGUUGGCUGCCACCAGCAGUGAAGAAGCCAUGAAUCUUAUCAAGAGCAAGCGAAACAUGACUGGUUACAAAACCCUUCCAUACCCAUUGAAGAAACAGAAUGGGAAAAUAAAGUAUGAAUGCAAUGUCUGUUCCAAAACCUUUGGUCAGCUCUCUAAUUUGAAGGUUCACCUUCGAGUACACAGCGGAGAAAGACCAUUCAAAUGUACUACUUGCAAUAAAGGAUUCACUCAGCUGGCUCACCUCCAAAAGCACUAUCUGGUACACACAGGAGAAAAGCCCCAUGAAUGUCAGGUCUGCCAUAAGCGAUUCAGCAGCACGAGCAACCUGAAGACCCACCUGCGGCUACAUUCUGGAGAGAAGCCUUACCAGUGCAAGCUUUGCACUGCUAAAUUUACCCAGUUUGUGCACUUGAAACUGCACAAACGGCUCCACACCAGAGAGCGCCCACACAAGUGUAUCCAUUGCCACAAGAGCUAUAUCCACCUUUGCAGCCUCAAGGUCCACCUGAAAGGCAACUGCCCUGUUGUCCCUGAACCCACCCUUUCGACAGAGGACCUCAACCGGAUCAAUGAAGAGAUUGAGAAAUUUGACAUUAGUGACAGUGCAGACAGGCUGGACGAUGUUGAGGACAACAUUGACAUGGCAUCUAUAGUAGAAAAAGAAAUACUUGCUGUGCUUAAAAGAGAGAUGGAAGGAGCUACUCUUAAAGCAUCGCUACAGAGGAACCUGGGAAAUGGGCUGGUUUCCUCAGGAUGUAACCUUUAUGAAUCAUCAGAUAUGUCAAUUGUGAAGUUGCCUCAAGGUCAUCCACUACCUCGAGUACCUAUAAAGGUCAAGCAAGAAGCAGUUGAACCAAUGGACCCUUAAAUGCUGUGGGGUGUGCGUGUGCGAGAGAGAAGUGAGUGUGUGUACACAUGUGCAUACUUCCAUGUGCAUUUGUAUGUUUGGCAAAGUGGUUUGUGUGGUGUUUUUUUUAAUUUAUGACUUGGCAAGUCAGGGUGCCUGUAGCAAUUGCUUGUAUAUAGUGUCAAUGCUGCAAAGCAAUCUUGGCUUACAGUAGUUUAUCUUACUCCAUUUGAAAGAAGGAACUCCAAAGUUGUAUUCUCAGGGCAUGAAAAGAGGAAAGGACUGUGUAUUUCCUCUCCUACUUCCAAAAAAGACAAUCUUUUAUCCAUAAUCAUUUUCCAGUAAUAAUUUAUUAUGCAAUUUACCAUUAACAAAGCAAUAGAUAGAAAAUAUUCACAA